AUGCUGAAGGCCUGUGUUCAUUUGUUAGGCCAAAAUCAAGGCUCUCACAACGAAUCCAGAAGAAAAAAAGACGUGGGAAUAGCUCCUAUAUCAUUUAACUUGCGCUCACAAUCUAAGGAUUUUUCUGUCAGGAUAGUUCAUGCUGGCGGGCGAGAGGAGUUGUAUCCACAUGAAGUUCCUGCAUCUCACUUGAUGGAAAAAUAUCCUGGGAUGCGUGUUGCUCGGCCAGAAGUUUUCAAGAAUCCUCACCAAUCCCUGUUAUGGCCAGAUGAGAUUUUGUUGCCUGGUCACAAAUAUUUGAUGAUUCCAACCAGUACUGCUCGGAAAUUGAAACAUAGACAAAUUAGGAAGUCAAGAGUCACAGGUAAUGCUGAAGGUAAAGAUGAGAUGUCAGAUGUAAAUAUUACUUGGGAAGCAGGACAGGAUAUUUCAGAUGAAUCUGUUUCUUCUGCCAAGGAAUUCUAUACCUCCAAGGUAAGAUUGUCAAGAGACUCGAAACGUCCUAUGAGAAGGGGUAUUAAAGCAAAGAAGCCUUUUGUACCCCCUCUUCCAAAAACAAGAAUCCUUUGGGGACCAGGAUGGGAACCAAGUCUGACCUCUGUGCAAGAAGUCUCUCCUUGACCAUUUUAUCUACCUGAUGACUUGCAUCACUGUGUAUUCUGGUAUGUUGCUUUCCAGGCAGCUCUUUGUUAUACUCUCUUUGUUCGGAUAAGGUUCUUUGGUCACAUGAGAUGCCUGCCACUGACAAUAAAUAAAUGAGAUUGUGCAGUGUUAUAUUUUGCUUA